AUGACUUCCAGAAUAUGUUCAUGGACUGGUCAGCUCGCUCAGGGGAACUACAACUCUAAGCGCUCAAUGCGGAAAUCCGCCGUUGAGACCAUAGAUAUUGUAAGCACUCUAAACUUCGAUUUCAGCCUUCCAGGUGCUCACUCAUGUUUUGUUGUCCGUCGUUUUAGAUGUGAGAACUCUGAUGAAGGGGCAACAUGA